GCUGCGCUCAGAGGACUCAGGUUCUCUUGCCCCAGCUUCUCGGGUCCCGGCCCCAGCCCCGGAGCCAGCCCCGCCAUGUGAGGUGGCCCCACGCCCGUGCCAGAGCCCGUGCCUGUCCCCUCCUCGUGCGGCCGCUGGGCCGCCCACCGGACGCCCCAUGCAGCCUCUGCUCGGCCCCGACGACGACCAUGCCCUAGCGGGCUCCCCUGAGGCCAGUCCACAGGUGCCGGUGACCAAAAUGGCGGCCAAACAGCCUCCACCUCUCAUGAAGAAGCACAGCCAGACGGACCUGGUGAGCCGCCUGAAGACCCGAAAGAUCCUGGGAGUGGGAGGAGAGGAUGACGAUGGAGAGGUGCACCGCUCCAAGAUCAGCCAGGUGCUGGGAAAUGAAAUCAAGUUUGCUGUCCGGGAGCCUUUGGGGCUCAGGGUCUGGCAGUUUGUCUCGGCUGUUCUCUUCUCUGGAGUCGCCAUCAUGGCCCUUGCCUUUCCUGACCAGCUAUUUGACGCUGUCUUUGAUGGAGCCGAGGUGAACAGCAAAACUCCAAUCCGACUCUACGGAGGGGCACUCCUUAGCAUCUCUCUCAUCAUGUGGAAUGCCCUCUACACAGCUGAGAAGGUUAUUAUCCGCUGGACCCUCCUCACCGAGGCCUGCUAUUUUGGGGUGCAGUUCUUAGUCACCACUGCUACCCUGGCAGAAAACGGGCAGAUGUCGUCAGGGGCGCUGUUCCUCCUCGCCAGCCGGCUCCUCUUCAUCCUCGUCAGCAUUUACUACUAUUACCAAGUGGGCCGGAGAACCAAGAAGGCCUAGUAGCCCCCUCUCGCCCUGGGCAGAGGAUGUCAGGGCUGGGGUUGCCUGCCCGCCCUUCCCUGGGCCAGGGUGACGUUUGGGGGUUUUAUUUUUUUGGUUUGUCCUUUUAGUGUACCAGAGGGGUGACCCCUCUCCCUGUCCCCAGUCCUUGACUGCUAGUCCUGGCCCAGGCAAGGACUUUGUUACCCUGCCUUGGUUCAGCGAUUCUAGACAGAAGAGUUUUCAUGUCCUAAGCAGCCCCCGGCCCUAGAAUUGGAGCUGAUCUUGGCCCUACCACUUGGGGCUGACAUGGAGCCACUGGCUUCACUCCUGAUAACCCUCCUUAGGCCAUGGCCAAGAAUCUGAGACUUCCCAAGGUAGACGUAGCAGCUGGUCUAGACUUAGAGGUCCGGGGAAGCAGCAGUGAUCGUAUGGGAAGAACCCUAGAUUUGGGGUCAGGAAGCUCUUGAGGUCAAAGCCUGGCCCUCCUCCUUACUACUGGUAUGGCCUUGGGCCAGUCCCUUAACCCCAAGACUCAGUUUUCUCAUCUAAAAAAUGAGGAGAUUGUACUAGAUGAUCUCCAAGAUCUUUUUCCAGCUCGAAAUCCUAGAUGAGAAGACUGAAGGUCCUUGAGGAUAAACAAAAGCAUCUCUUCUCUAUACUGGGACAGACUGGAUGUGGCCUCCAUAGGGGCAGAAGGAAAGACCCAUAUUUACCCCUUUGGAGUCUCCAGCCUUUGGGCUUCUCCUGGUCACUGCUGCUGAAUCUCUCAACCUCUGAGUUGGAAGGGGCCUCAGAGAACAUUCAUUCCAAGCAACAUAAGGGCUUGAGACUCGAGAAUGGAGGAGGGAACAGUCCCAUAAAUGGGGUUACCAGAGACCAGGCUCAUACGAGGGAUCCCACAUCCUUCGGUAGGAAGGAUCUUCAGGGAUUCAAAGUCUGCCCCAAGAACGUCUUCAAUCAGGCUGGCCAACAAAGGGGCCCUGCAAAACUCCCUAGAAGCGUCCGCCUGAGCUAAGAGCUGAGGUUAUCUCCUUGUCUUUUCAUGGCUGACUGUUUUAGGAUCCCCGAUACGGUCUGCCCUGGGCAUUUCCAGACAGCCCCUUGUUAGAAGUCUUGCUUAGAGACUCCUUUCGCUCUUAAACUAUCCCAGUUCCCAUCCUUCCUCCACGGCUGAAAAAACAAACAAACAAACAAAACUAGGUUCCAAGCUCAUCCCAAGAUGGUCUCUUGGGAGCAACAGUUUUGCUCUCGCCAGCCUGUGGAUGUGGGUUGGAGGAUGGGUCAAUGGGACAGACCGUUCAAUGGACUGUGAACACAGCCAGAUGGGUCCAUAACAGACAGGAGAGGAUAAUUCUAUGGCUAGGAAAUGUCCCUUUUGGAGGGUAGCUUCAGGGAUGGGUGAGAGAUGGGAAAAAAAAGAUGCUACUCCAUUCCCUCCCCCCACCUCCAGGUGAGAGGUUCUAGGGUCUUCUCUAGAUUCCCUAAAGCUGCCCAAGGGUGAAUUAGACCUUGUUUGGGAGGGAGGAACAUAUACUCUUUGAGAUUCAACUUUACCAAUGGUCCCUCCAGGCAGGAAACUGCCGUGUGAGCAUUGGCCCAAGGGCUCUCCCCAGUCCCCAAUCCCUGCCAGUCCUUUCCCCCUCUCUCACCCCAACCUUCCUCACUUUGCCUCACCCCAGUUCCAUUCUCUGGAUAGAGGCACUGGUGGAUUUCGUGCCCAACUCUACCUGUCACUGACAGGUUCCCCUAGUCAGGAACCAUUUUGUAAAUAGUAGGAUUAGGAUAUGCCCCCCCUAGAAAAAGAAAGAAAAAGAAGAACCCCAUCAUUUCUGCAAAUCGCAACCCUGCUCUGUGUCUGCCUCCUGUGAGAGCCCCCUCCCCUGCUGGCUCGGCUCGGACCCAGUAGGCAGGAAAGAGUAGCUGCCUGCCUUCCCUCUUUCCUACUUUUCUAGGCUCUUCUCUCAUUUUGGUUUUUUCAUGCUUCAAAUGGUGCCUUUAGAGCAGGAAAUUCAGAAGCUCAUGUUCUAUUCCAGAAGGACUCAAAUGUCGUCGUUGUGUGUAUCUUUGUCUUUUUUUUCCCCUCUUGGGUGUUGCAGAAUUUGUCCUCUGAACCUGAUACCUCAGUAGCAAAAAUAAACAAAAUCCAUUUGGUCAAA